AUGGCAUCCUCUCAGAAAGACCAGAAUGGGGAUAAAGGCCUCUAUGCGUUCCUCCGUCGAUACCAACAAUACGAAGCCGACAAGGACCGCACUGACGUGCUUAUAAAAGACCUAUUGAUGUAUACAGAGAACACCGAGUCUCGUCUGCUGAAAGAGAAUGGUAGUCUACGUCAGCAACUUAAUAAUGCCCAUAUGGACUUGGAAAGUGUCAAGAAAUCACUCCAGGAAACCAAAAGACGCUUAGGUGACAUGGAGGAUCGUAAUCCGUAUAUCAUGGUCUUGAUUGACGGUGAUGGAUUGAUUUUCAAGGACCAUCUCGUUAAGCAGGGCGUCGAGGGUGGUCGAAAAGCUGCCAACGAGCUGAAUUCGGCCAUUUUAGAGAAAUUCAACUACACCGGAGAUACUCCUAUUACAGUCGUCGCCAAGGUCGUAGCCAAUGUCCUGGGUCUGUCCCGAGCUAUGAAAUGGAAUAGUUGCAUCCCAAGUGAAAUAACCCUCUACGAUUUCAUCUCUGGAUUCAGCCAAAUCAGACCCGAUUUCGAAUUUGUCGAUGUAGGCCAAGGCAAGGAGCGAGCAGAUGCAAAGAUCAUCGAUUCUGCAAGAUUCCAUCUAAGAAACUUCAAUUGCAAACAAGUAGUUAUGGGCAUCUCCCAUAAUUCUGGAUAUGGCCCGUUCUUAGAUGGACUGAUUAACAACAACACUACCAAGCAGCGCAUCACCAUCCUCGAGGGAACCCCAACGGUCCAAGCCAUAGUUAGCAUCGGCGUUGGCAUAAUGAAUUGUCACACUAUAUUCCGCAGCGAGAAGUUGCUUUCGAGGGUGCCACAAGACCGUGCCCAAACAACUAUGAGUAUCGGUCCGUCGUAUGCCGCCAUUGCUCAGACUAAAGUUGCUUCCCCGCCGCCUCAAAUCACCCUACCCAUUGCCCUUAAGAAGACUGCUGCGCCGGCACGCCCUGUUCAAUCGCCUCCUCCUGAAUGGUAUCCGGGCCCUCGAGGUUUCGAUAAACCAAUCGCCGUCAACCAAGCCGUCCUGGAGCGACUGAAGAAGAGGAAGGGCGAGGAUAAGCUAUGCAACAAUCAUUUCCUGAGGGGCCCCUGUUCGAAGGGAGAUGAGUGUAAAUUCGAGCACGACUACAAUCCUACCAAAGAAGAGAUGAAGGUGAUCGCGCUCUUUGCUCGAUUGAACCCAUGCACCAGUGGACAAGAUUGCGACGUCGACAACUGCAUCUACGGACACCAUUGCCCCAGUACUAUCAAUGGCGUCUGUACUAAUGCGAGAUGCAAGUUCGAGAUGGAGGAUCACCCACCUGGUGUAAAAUUCAAGCAUAGUCGACUCUCGGAGUGA